UUAUUGAAUUCGCUGAAAUUAAUGUACUUAGUGUGCGACUAAAACUACUUUAAUACAUAGGUUUAAAUCAAUUUUUUAUUUGGCCAACAUGGAAGUGAAUAUAAUCAAAGGUGAAGAAUUUGAAAGAAAAAUUACGUCGAACUUGGGAGAAUUGUCAUUGUUAGUUUUGCAAACUUAUAAGGAUAACAUAGUUCAGAUAGAUGCCGAAACCGGGGAAAAACUGACAUGUUGGAUGAUCCUCGAGAAGGCGAAACAGCUGGCAAGAUUCCUGAUUGAAAACGGCGUGAACCACGGCGAUGCAGUAUCAAUAAUGAGCGAGAAUAGAUUAGAAUUCUGCGUGGUAACUGUAGGUGCCUUUUUUGUAGGAGCCACCUUGGCUCCAAUCAAUCCUCAGUAUACAGCAGGGGAGCUGAAUCACGUGAUGGGUUUUUCUAGGCCGAAGUUGAUAUUCGCAUCACCGAGUGCUAUACCUUCAAUAAAUGGAUGUAUCAGGAAUCACAGUUAUGUGAGAUCUGUGAUUGUAUUCGGGGAUGGCAAGGAAUGGAAUGGUUUUAGACAUUUCGACGAUAUCGUACCAGCAAAAAUAGCGAGACCCACAAAUGAGGCUUUCACGGUUCCCCACUACGAUCCCAAGGAAACCAUAGCAACCAUUUUAUGUUCUUCUGGUACUUCCGGUGUACCCAAAGGUGUAAAAACUAGCCAUGACAACAUCACAGCAUGUCUCGAUAUUUUGAGCCAUGAAAUUAGUAAAAUGAAUAUCGAUAAAAAUGAAGACCGCACCGAUUCGAUGGUUGGAGUAACCCCAUUUUAUCAUUCCUUUGGCUUUUUGACAAUGUUUACACAUCUACUACGAGGAAAGACAUUGGUUGUGUUUAGAAAGUACAAAUUAAAAAUUUUCUUGGAUGCUAUCGUGAAAUAUAAGAUAAGAUCACUGGUUAUUCCACCUCCAUUGAUAGUUUCUUUGCUGAAAGAUGAGAUAGUCAAGCAAUAUGACUUGUCAUGCAUAAAGGAAGUUUACAUUGGAGCAGCAGCUAUUGGAAAAGAAACGGAAUUGAGUUUACAGAAAAGAUUCAAAAUACGACAUGCAGCCCAAAGUUAUGGAAUGACUGAAACAACAUGGGGUGUCAUUAUGAAUCCACACAGCAAAGCUAAGAUGGGAUCAGUGGGUAAAAUACUACCCGGUAUGAUGGCAAAAGUUAUAAAUGAAACUGGAAAACCUUUAGGUGCUUACCAGGAAGGAGAACUAUGUUUGAAAGGACCCAUGAUAAUGAAAGGAUACGUAAAAGAUGAAGCUGCUACAAGAAGCUGUAUAGAUGAGGAUAACUGGCUCCAUACGGGAGAUGUAGCUUAUUAUGACAAUGAAGGAUUCUUCUUUAUUGUCGACAGAUUGAAAGAACUCAUAAAAUAUAAAGGAUUCCAGGUGUCACCUUCAGAGCUCGAAGACUUACUAAUUUCACAUCCAGCAAUUGCAGAUGUAGCUGUUAUUGGUAUACCUGAUGAAUAUGCUGGCGAAUUACCAAAAGCUUUUGUUGUGAAGAAACCAUAUUUUGCUUUAUCAGAGGAAGAAGUUCAGGAUUUCGUUUCGAAAAAUGUCUCACCGCAUAAGCAGCUACGUGGAGGAGUUACAUUCCUACAAGAAAUUCCUAGAAAUCCCAAUGGCAAAAUUUUGCGGAGGGUUUUGAGAGAUAAUGCCCAAAAACUCAAGUUUGUCCAUAAAUUGUGAUUCGACUAGAAAAUAUCCAAUAAAUCUCAUUCAUUUUU